GAUGUUUCAUUUUUGGUCACGACUUGUGAAUCACCCUGUAUGUUCUGUUCUUUUACAGAGACUUGCCUUUCGGCAAGGGCAAUACAGCACCUAUGAAGCAAGGCAAAUGGCCAUCGUUCAACGCCUGUACUCCUCCGUGGAUGCUGAAGAACCAGUUAUCGAUGACACUGAUCUCUCUGAUGUUGAUUUGGACGGAAAAGACGCCAUGGUUUAUGCCAAAUGUCCAGUGCAGCAAACUCAUUUGGGUUUAGCUGUGUGGUGCAACCCGGAUGGUCCGAUCAGUUUUGUAUGUUUGAUUUUGAGUUUCUUUUGUAAAUUAUAUUUACUGUGUUUUAUAUGUUUGAAAGUUUCUUUGUUAAAUUUAAUCAUUCAGUACAUUUGACUGCUUCGUUCUGUCAUUUUGGAUUUAUAUGUUUUGUGAUAUGAGAUGUAUGUCUAGAUUAAUGUUCGACUUGUAAUUUUCAAUAAAUACGUUUUUAUAAA